CAUAUUGAUAUACCAGGAUUUUCAGAUGAGUUCGUUCAAUUUAGGGGCCCCAGAGGUAGAGUGGGGCCAUAAUGGGAGAUCAAAGUCUGAUAUGGGAAUAGACAGGAAAUUAAAAGAAAUUCUUAUCAAGAUUAGCAGGACCACACUGUAGAACCAACAUUUUUCAUGGAAUAAAGAUCGCUAAAAAUCUUAUUUCGACUCACAAUAGCUGAACAACAGCAGGGCCAAGGCAACUGAUGUCAGCUAUGUGACCCACGAGCCUCAUGUUUAUAAACCAAACAACGGAGAGGCUAAGUCGUAGACUUUUCAAUCCACUCCGAUUAUUUGUCGGUCUCGGGCCGACGAACGGACUUUAAAGUUGAACACUGUUACUGUGCUAUUGCUUUUCCUUUUUUUUAUUUUUUUUUUUUAUAAAUUUUCCAGUUUUCUGAAUAGAUAUGACUUUACAAGAUGGAGGAACAAGAAAGUGUAGUCCAUUAUCUUAGGGGGAAAAAGUAAAUCUAAUAAUAAAUGUGUUAUGUAUUUUUUAAAACGUUUUUCCCCAAAUUAUUUUGAUGCGCGUCUCUUCCACUUGUUAUCUAUAAUCGUUUUAGAAAUACAUCAAAUAAUGCCCAGAGGCAUAUAUUUAAAAAUCCCGUGUUCCACAUCUGACAUUGCAAAGUUUAGAUUGAUUGUUAUAUAAAAUACCAAAUUCAUUUAUUUACCUGCUCAUACAAAAUUCAUCUCUAACUUUCUGGGGGAGAAAAUUAUAUUGUGAUGCGGUUGGUUUACCAGGAAAUUAAUUUUUGUGUUUGAAUUGAACGUUUUAAGGUGAAUUUAGCUCAAUGUUAGGGAAAAUACUGAUUUUAUAUAUGGUCUGGGCGCAACUGCUAAGAGUACGCACGAGCAAUAUUGUGAAGCGUUCGCGGUCUUGCAGGAAUAAUAUCUGUAACUUUGAAUGGAAUGUGGAUUACAAGUUUACAAUGAUGUGGCAUAAUCGGACGUCUGAAGAACCCAAUUUUCAACCAAUUUUACUUGACCGGAGUAAUAUUCUUCGCAGACGUGCUACAACAGCAAAUUGUACAGAAAUCUACGAGGCUGUUCUGUUCUCAGAAUUUGAGGAUUUGGUCAGUACCGGUGAUGGAGAGUACCGAAUGGUGUACGCAAUCAAUGGACAGAUCCCAGGACCGGAGAUUGUCGUGUCGGAGGGAGAUACGGUAGUGGUGCGCAUCUACAAUCGUUUGAAAACUGAAGGAUUGACAAUACACUGGCACGGCUUGCUUCAAAGAGGCACCCCUUGGAUGGACGGGGUCCCCAUGAUAUCCCAGUGUCCUAUAAUACCAGGGCAGAUGUUUGAAUACAGAUUUCUAGCAGAGCCUGUGGGAACCCAUUGGUAUCAUGCGCACACUAAUACGAUGGGAAGCGAUGGAUUGUCUGGGGCUUUUAUUGUUCUUCCAAAGGAGGCAACGACAACACCUGGAUAUACUGCUGAAUUUUUCGCUGUUAUACAAGAUUGGACUAGGCGUUCUUCUCUGGAGACAAGUGAAACGUACAGAAGUAAAUUAUUCGGACUCGAUGAUUAUGAUGGGAAAUGCCAACCUGCGGUGUAUAUGCCUGAUGGAGGAACAUCUAUAUUUCCUUUUAAUGUGGGAUUAGUAAAUGGCAGAGGGAGACGGUACACCGACACUUUUAAAAAUGGCGAAAAAUCAUAUUUUCCAAUGGAAACUUUUACUGUACAGAUGGGAGGCACCUAUCGCUUUAGGAUUAUCAACGUGGGAUUUGCUACACCAUUCAAAAUAACCUUUGAAGGUCAUGCUAUAUCUGUACUAGCUCUUGAUGGAAAUGAAGUGGAGGAACAAAACUGCGACGCUGUUGUUUUAACUCCAGGCGAGAGUGUUGAUAUAAAACUCCAAGCAAAACGCCUCCCAAACAAUUACUACAUCGCCAUUGAAACACUACCGACCAGGACACUUUGGCAUCCCAUUAAGACACCUAGAAAGACUUAUGCCAUCCUUAACUAUCAAGGGGUGAACAGGUUCCGGGCACCGGUGUCAAUGACGAGACCAUGUACUGCGCAGAAUCCUUGUGAUGUCGUUAACCAAAUAUAUGGAACCACUCCAGUACGCUCCAAUGUAACAAAUAUACAUUUAGGAAGACUGAAAGCAACCAGUGCCGUACUACAGAAGUUUCCAGUUCCCAUUGAAAGUCCAUUUUCAGCACUCCAAGAAUUCUUUUUGCAUUUUCAUAUCAAUCGUGAUCAUCCAGCCAUCAAUGGUAAACGUUUCAGGUAUCCGACCUCUGCAUUACAGACUUAUCCUACGAUUAAUGGCUCGAUUCCAUGUGAUCCCUCACACUGCACAGCCAACGGAUGCAGAUGUACACACACAAUCAAAGUAGAAAUACACAACACUAUACAGAUUGUUUUGUUCUCAAAAGGAAUGAAAGUACCACAUUCAGUUCAUGUUCAUGGUCAUCAGUUUCAUGUGGUAAAAAUUGGAUACCCUAAGUAUGACACCAUUACCGGAAAGACAACGGCCCCGAAUCGGGAUAUCAGAUGUUUGAAUAAUGAUUGCACUGAUGCAACGUGGACUGACCCAUCUUGGCAAUACGGAGUGCCCGGUCUGAACCUGAAGAAUCCACCAUUAAAAGAUACUGUCAGCAUUCCUGCUGGAGGUUAUGUUGUUAUUAGAAUCACAGCAGAUAACCCAGGUUACUGGGCACUACACUCUACCUUUGGUCACCACCUUUCUCAGGGAAUGACUGUCAUUGUCCAAGAAGGAGAGAUAUCUGACAUGAUGGCCCCACCACCGAACUUUCCAGUGUGUAACAGUUUUCAAAGCUCUCAAGAAUACAUUGAAUCUGCCAUUCGGGAGCAGUCAAAGAAUCUGGCAUUGAAAAGACAGACCAAAAUAGUCUCAUUUGAAAAAAAGACUGAGAGUCACAAAAGUAAUCAAAGAUUAAAAGUCCAAGAGACGAUGAAAACGUCAAACGUUCCUGCUAACCCAGCAAUAUCUUCGCGAGACUUUAAUACCAACGACUUUUUAACAUUUUUGUUCGGUGGGAAAGGUGUAAGUACGCCCGCUCCAAGCCAUGCAAGACAACAAAGACGUUUUACUUCCACCCCAAAACCAACUAUGUGUGAUGACAGUCCUUGGUUAUGCAUCCACGGUCAACCAAUUUUUCAAAAUUCUAAAUGACAUACUAACUAGAUCCAGUGCAAUCUUGUUUUGGCUUGAUAGAAUUUAGGACGUUAUUCGGAGGAUCGAGAUGAAUAUCACCGGUAGGCAGGAACAAUUGCUUUUAAGAAUUCAUUAACCCAUAGUUCGGAGUAUCCAUUAUAAUACUGCUGGUGUUGGAAGCAAGCUAUACGCAUUUAUCGAGGGUAACAUAUCUUUGAUUCUAGGAAUCGUCGAUGUCGCUGGUCUGCUACGAAUCUGUACUUGAAACAUAAAUUACACAAGAAGACUACAUUGUUCGAGACUACGUUGUUUGAGAUGGUGUGUUAGUGGUAGACGUCCACUGAAAUGCAUGAAUGACAGCAAAAUAAAACGUAAUACUAGAGUUUCCUGA